CAGGGAAGUGGCGCCUUUCUUUUAACAUGAGGAACUAAAAUCUAUAUUCCGGCUAACUACCGAGUAAUAAACAUUUAAUUACAAUUAACUGAGGGACUCACAAACUUUUUUAAUCACACUUCAUUACUCUACAAACAAAAUACAAACGAUUACAUAUAGCAGUUCCUUAAAAUUACGUUCAAUUCCGGUCAAGUGUAUACGAAUAUAUAGUCACCACUCAGCACUUAAUGAUUUAAAAGGUAUCAAAGUAGAAGUUAUUAAACUCUUAUCGCAAAUUAUCAUGGCUGCAUUUGAAGGUCAAUGUUGAGUCAAUAUACAUAUUAAUUAACUAGUAUAAUACUUUUGUAGAAUAUUUAACAUUACCAGUAUCAGUACAGUACCAGUACCAAUAGCACUAGCGAUAGCAAUAGCUAAAUAUUAGCAAUAGCUUAGAAAGCAAAAUAAAAAAUGUCUGCAAAUACAGCUGCAUACAAGAUUUGGAAGAGGAGUAAUUCGGUGACUACAUUUUUGUGGAGAUCACCUAGAGCUUUCCAAAUCCAGAGAGCGAUUUGUACCUCUACGCAAAACAGAUUUCUUCUCAGCGAUGCUAAUCGAGUUGAGAACAAAGUAGUGAGCCAAAAAACAGACUGGAAUAAAACUAUGUUUGAAGCAGAAACGAUUGUUGGAUAUCCGACAUCCUUCUUGAAUUUGAGAUGGCUAUUGAGCGAUGAAUUUGCAACCGUCGCGUUACACUUAAGAAAGUUAGUGGGCUCGAAUCAUCCUUUACUAAAAACGGCUAAGAGCAUUAUUUACAAUGGACAUAAUACACAAGCAUUUGGACUUAUUGUGCUGUUAAUUUCUAAAGCUGCUGGUCAUCUGAAUGCACAACCAGUGCAAGAAAAUAAAGCUACUGGCGUAUUGCAUAGUCAAAGAGUUUUAGCUGAAAUUACAGAAAUGAUACGCACUAGCAAUUUGAUACAUAGAGGAUUGGUAAAUAUAAAUACAGAUAAAUCUUUGAACUCUAGCCAAAUGAACAAUAUGAUUUUUGGCAAUAAAAUAGCAUUGUUAUGCGGUGAUUAUUUACUUAGCAACAGCUAUACUGAAUUAGCAGCUCUCAGAAAUCAAGAUCUUGAUUUCUUAAUAGCAUCUGCAGUAAAAGAUUUAACUCAAGCAGAAUUUGUAUCACGCAGAGACAAUCAGAAUUUUCCCAUACCACCAGUACUACCUGAAAAUCAGAAGGAUUAUGUGUUGAAGGAAUGGACGCUUCUAAAUGUUUACGGUGCUGGAUCAUUGCUUGGAAAAGCUUGUCAAGGUACAUUAAAGCUAGCCGGACACAGCGAAGAAAUACAGAAGGAAGGUUAUAAGUUUGGCGAGCAUUUGGCUUUAGCUUGGCAGGCUUCUCUGGAUUUAGGUUUAUGUAUUAAUAAGGACAAGGGGAUUCUGCAUAAUUUGUGCGCCGCGCCCAUCAUGUUCCACGUUGCACAUGAUCCAUCAAUUUUAACGGAGCUUGACAAAGGACUAGAAUCAGUUGAAAACGUUGAUUAUUUGAAGGUGCUCGAGUUCGUUGCAGCUGGUCCAGGCAUAGGAUUAACCAAAGAGCUCGUGAAGGAACAUUCACAAAAAGCAAUGGAAGUUUUAAGUGUGUUUAAAGAAAAUGAUGCUAGAAAGGCAUUAUCUAAUAUUCUUAUCGCAAUAGGUGAUUUUUAAUGUCUUGUUUUCUGUUACUUAUUUUGUUAAUUGUUACACAGUUUAAAUAGAAAGAUAUAACAUUUUAAGUUCGUAUGUAAUGUUUAUACAAACUUAAAAUGUGAUAUGUGAUAUGUCGUAUAUCACACUAAUAUAAAUAAUAAUCUUGCUUAGUGAAUUAAACAAAAUCG